AUGGCCGAGCCAUCAAACCUUCGCGGCCUGGCCGCCAAAAUUACCGACCUGACCGAAACCUUUGCCAAGUUCCUCGAGCACAACAGCAUCCCCGAGGCGACCCUGGCAGCCGACAGCCCGACGAGCUACACGGGCCUCACCGCCGAGAGCUUCAUGGUCCGGCAGGCCAUCUUCGACGCCGCCAUGGACCUCAUCUACCUGACGCAAGGCCCCAGCGAGAGCAUAUUCAACUAUGCCCACACGUCGAUGCCCGACGCCGCGACCCUCAACAUACUCAACCAUUUUGACUUUUGGACUGCCGUCCCCAUCGACGGCUCGGCAUCCUACGACGAUCUGGCCGGCCACACGAACCUGCCAUCCGACGUCUGCAGACGCAUCGUCGAGCACGGCACCACCUUGCGUCUCUUCGCCCCGGUGGAGGCGGGCAAGGCAAACACGCGCAUCCGACACACCUCGCGUUCUGCUGCCCUAGCCAAGAACCCCGGCCUUCGCGCCCUCGUCUCGACCCUGCUCGAUGAUGCCGGCCCCCCCAUGACCGUCAUGCCCGAGGCCCUGCGUCGGUACUCGGUCGGGAAGCCGGCCUUGACCCAGAGCAUGGACGAGACUGCCUUUGCCCUCUUCCACCGGAGCGGCAUAUUCGGCAAGUACGCAAACUCCUGGGAGCUGCUGGAAAAUGACGGCCAAGGCGAGCGCAAGGGCUGGCGCCAGCGCAACUUUGUCGAGUUCAUGCGCUAUCUGAAGGACAUCUUCCACCUCGAGAAUGUCAUGCUCGACUGCCAUGACUGGGAAGCCGCCGGCAACAUUUCCGUCGUCGAUGUUGGUGGCUCCGCGGGCCACGAUGCCGUCGUGCUCGCCCAGCGCUUUCCGCAACUUACUCUCACCGUCCAGGACCUGGCCGAGGUCAAGCCUGUCUUUGACGCCAACGUGCCCGAUGAGCUCAAGGCGCGCGUCAGCUUCCAGGAGCACAGCUUCUUUGAUGUCCAACCCCUGCAGGCUGACGUCUACCUGCUCAAGAUGAUUCUGCACGACUGGCCCGAUGCCGAGGCCAUCAAGAUUCUCAGAAACCUCGCCGUGGCCAUGAAGCCUGGAUCACGCCUGCUCAUCAUCGACUACGUCGGUAAGCAGCCCGACGCUGCCGAUAGCUCCGAGCCCCUGCCGCGCUCCAUCGAGGCCAUGGGUACCGCCACGGACGUUCGCAUGAUGGCUCUUUUCAACGCCCGCGAGCGCCCCAUCGACGAGUGGAAGCAUGUAUUUGCCGCCGCCGACCCACGUUUCGACGUCGUCCGCACCAAGGCUGAUCCGAUGGCCUUUAUGGUCGUCAUCGAGCUUGUUUUGCGUCAGUAG